GCGGCUGGUGUGCGCGCUCGCCAUCGGCCACAGCGGCGGGCGAGCGGCGCCGGCGCAGCUCUUCGAGCAGAAUUGCGCGGCGAGGAAGCAGUGCAACAGACCGCUGGCGGACCGCGACCCCGCCAUCCACGCCGUGCCCGAGGCGCAGGCGUCCAAGGCCCCGAAGGGCCACCUGAAGCCGCUGGGGCACCCGGACUUCGACGACAGCUGGGCCGGCGAGAUCGACCAGGUUGAGGACAUGGAUCCCGAGACCUUCUGGACGAAGUACUGGCCCAGGAAGCCGUUCCUGCUGAAGGGCUUUGCCAAGCGGUCUCCGGCCUUCACCAAGUGGAAGGACGACGCGUACCUCAAGGACAAUUUCGGCACUUUCAAGGCCAAGACAGAGCCGAAGAACGAGGACCGGUUGACAGAUUAUUGCGGCCAGGUGAAGUUCGGAUCCAAGAUCAAGUGCGGCCGGGAUAUCAUCCCCUACACGGAGACGCACAUGAAGGUCGGGAAGUUCCUGCCGAAGUACAGGGAUGGCACUUUCGACAAGUACAUCAUUACACAGAUGCCUGAUGUAAUGGGCCAAGAUUUUGUGGUGCUACGCUUGUUCGUGGCUCACGCGACCAUGAAACAAACAGCAAGUUUGGUAGAGAAGGUAGACAUAGUUGGAGACAGCAGCAGGCGGUAG